UUUAUCAUUUAAUAUUAUACAUCAACAUGCCAGUUGUUUUGGAAUGUAAAUCACCGCUAUUCCUAUACACAGAGGAUGAUGUGAAUAAAAUUUUGGAAAAUCACGGAAAGAAACUGAAGGACUUGGAAGUCGAUUUGGUAUCAAUCAAGGAGUGGUUUAAAACGCAACCGCAUAUUCCGAUAACACCCAGCGAUAGACUAAUAAUAUUCUUUAUGUUAAUGAAUAAGUUUUUGAUCGAGAAAACUAAAUCCAGAUUGGAAAUGAACUAUUCCAUUCGCAAUGUAAUGCCUGAGUUGUAUUGUCUCAGUCCAUUACAUCCUAAAAUCCGAGAAUCCCACAGAUAUUUUAAAGUUAUAGGAAUGCCAAAAUUAACAAAAGGUUUACGAAGACUUUGCAUCAUAAAGUACUUUGAUGAUGUUAGUUUCAAUAUAACUACUAUAAUUUCACGUACAAUCAUGAGUAUGGAAAUCUUCGCAUUAUAUGAUAUCAAUAAUGGAAAUGAAUAUAUUUGUGAUUAUACGAAUGUGAACCUCUCGCUGAUUAGUAAAAUUAAACCCACCGAUAUAAUGAAAUUGAUGAGGCUCUCAGAUGUAAGCAUAAAUAAAGUGUAUGCAAACCGAUUUUCUGUUGUACAUUUUAUUAAUGUGUCAGCCGCUGGAGAAACGCUGUUUAAUAUGUUUAAAAUGUGUAUGAAACCUAAGUUACGACAAAGGAUGCUUGUUCACAAAAAUAUUGAGUCGUUGAAAGAAUUUUAUAGUCUGGACAUGUUGCCGAAAGAUUAUGGUGGAACUGCUAAAAGCUUAGAUGAAAUUUCAGAAGAUUUUCAAGAAUUUUUAGAAAGUUACGAUGAAUAUUUAUCGAAAUGGAUUAAAAUUCGUGUCGAUGCAAAAUUAAGACCUGAACCACUAGUUAAUGAUGAUAUUCUUGGUUAUUAUGGAAAUUUUAAAAAGCUUGAUGUUGAUUAAAAUGAAUAUCUUGUA